UUUUCACACCAUUAAGGAGACUACGGUCUUUUUCAUCCUUGACAAUUGUGUGGUUAACAUUAAGGUCUACAAAGAUCAGUUUGCCGGGUAAUUAUGGCGAAAUUCGAUUUAACUUCACGUAUAGGACAGUAUCUUGAUCGGCAUUUGGUCUUCCCUCUUCUUGAAUUUCUUUCAGCCAAAGAGAUUUAUGAUGAGACUGAACUUCUGCAAGCUAAACUUGACAUCCUCAGCAAGACUAACAUGAUUGAUUAUGCUAUCGACAUCAGGAAAUUGUUAUAUCCUGAUUUGGAAGUCACUGAGGAAUUGAAGACUCGUCGUGCUCGCGUAGUGCAGGAGCUUCAGGAGUUGCAAGAAAAUGUUUCAGCUAUUGUGUCUGUUAUGAACAAUGAGGAACACAUGAAAGCUAUGGAGAAAGCUAGAGAUUUCAAAGCCCUGAAUAACUAUCUGACUCAGGAGUCCGAAUUCAGGGUAGAAAUGAUGGACAACUUUGUCAAGCUUGCUAAAUAUCGUUAUGAGUGUGGUAACUACUCUGUCUCCACAUCGUACCUGUAUUUCUACAUGCUUGUUAUGCCACCCACUGACAAGAAUUAUUUAAAUGUCCUCUGGGGAAAAUUGGCAUCUGAGAUUCUUGCACAAAAUUGGGAGACUGCUCUAGAUGACGUUAACAAACUCAGAGAAUAUAUUGACAGCAAUAUCAUUGGAAACUCUCUCCAAGUAUUGCAACAGCGUACCUGGCUGAUUCACUGGAGUUUAUUCGUAUUCUUCAAUCAUGUUAAAGGACGAGAUCUUAUUAUCGAGAUGUUCCUCUACCGACCGCAUUACCUCAAUGCCAUUCAAACAAUGUGCCCCCACAUUCUUCGUUAUCUGGCAGCAGCAGUUAUCGUCAACCGUUCCAGACGUGCCACUCUCAAGGAUCUUGUUAAAGUUAUUCAACAAGAAUCCUACACGUACCGUGACCCAAUCACUGAAUUUUUGGAACAUUUAUACGUGAACUUUGACUUCGAUGGUGCACGACAAAAGUUACAAGAGUGUCAGACCGUAGUGUUUAAUGACUUCUUCCUGAUCGCGUUACUCAAUGAGUUCGUAGAGAAUGCAAGAUUGAUGAUCUUUGAAACCUUCUGCAGAAUUCACCAAUGUAUUAGUAUUGGAAUGCUCGCGGAAAAACUGAACAUGAAAGCUGACGUAGCAGAGUGCUGGAUUGUGAACUUGAUUCGUAACGCCAGGUUGGAUGCGAAGAUCGACAGCAAAUUGGGUCACGUCGUCAUGGGUGGACAACCAGCAUCGCCGUACCAGCAGCUUGUAGAGAAAAUUGAGACACUGAGUGUACGAAGCGAAGCACUAGAAACCCUGAUCGAAAGAAAAGUUAAAACUAAGAAUCAGGACCCAGUAAGUAUAGUGUGGAACUAACAGAGAAUCAACCAUCCUGGAGCUUGGACUUAUAGAACCAAGUGCGUGGCGUUCUUGAAAAUGAGAUAAUACUAAUUAAGAGCAAGGAAAAUAUUUCACAAUGUUAUGAUGAAAAUUCUACGACUUACCACUCCCGGUAGAAUGAUGUUGUCUGCUCGAGAGAACAGAAGUAAUAUGGAAACUGUAACGUCAUGUAACGUGGAAAGGAAGAUCAAUGAAAACACUGUGGUCUUAAUAAACCGUUGUAUUUUUCACGUGGA